UGGAGGAAAGGGCCAGUGUGUGAGACUGUGGGGCCAGAGAGCAGUGGAGGCAAUUAAACCUCUCUUGACUGUACUGUUGGUUUGAGGAAGUGAGUGACAGCUCCAUUCAUCACGUUCACGGUUUAAUCUGUGCUGAGCAGCUGAAUUCAAUAAUGAGCCAUUUCGGCACUGAAUGAUAAACACUGCUGAAAGUGGCAAAACUGCAAUUAUGUCAUUGCGGCCUCCAUAAUGGGACUGCGCACUCAGAUAAAAGAUUCUAAUUUUGUUUUUUGUGUAUUAUGGCAACGGUUCAAUGAUGAGAUGAACACCUGCGGUUGGUGCACCCUGAGGAUAUUCCUGACUUGGUCCCACGUAAAAAUGACCGCCUCCCUCCUCCCGAAGAAAUCCUGAAAUCCGCUGGCUCUUUCUCCAGAGCUUGUAGAGCACAGAGCAAAUACGAAAAAAAAAACCCCCACCCAGUGCAGUCAACGAGUAAAUUGACUAUAUAAGUCAUGUACGGGGGGAAAGGGAAAGUUUGCGCUGCUCGGAUCCAUGUUUGUUGUGUGGAAUUACUUAUACGUGGUUAAGCAGUGAAGCGCCUCCCAGUGCCUCGGUCAUAGACCUUGAAACCAGCGCAUAUAUGCAGAAUGCAUUUUGGGUUGAGCGCGAUCCUAUAGCUGAGGAGGGUCCUUCCACUUGCCCACAGGGCCCCCUCCACCUCAACCUUCCUUCCCUUCUUUAUACAUCUCCUCCUGCAUGGACGCCCGAUGCCGGAACAUGCUAAAAUAUUUGGGCAGAAACUCGGUUCCGUCGCUGGAGUCUGUGGCUGGAUUCUAAUUUGAUGUUGUUUUGGGAAUAAUCUCCCCAUUUCUGUCAGGAAAGAACUUACGCACACUAUUUAUUUAACCUGAAAAUAGCCCAAUAAAACUAAGUGGACACAUAAAACAGUUCAAUUAUUAGAUGUUUGAUCAAGCCACGAGUAUGGGCGAUGGAAUCGCCGAGGACCGAAACCACUGUGGAUCCAAUUCGUUGUGCCGUGACCGCGGCAGAGACUCCAAAAGCCGGACGGAAGUGGGGAACCGGUCACCUGUGCAGAGUUCCACCGACACACCGGGGACAUCGUCAUCCACACCGACUUCAUCUAGCGAGGAUGGACACGAUAAACUUUUAGGAGUCGAUCCAGACUACUGUCGAAGGAUUCUGGUCAGAGACGCCAAGGGCACUAUUCGGGAGAUUGUCCUGCCGAAAGGCCUGGACCUAGACCGGCCGAAGCGCACGCGGACCUCCUUCACGGCGGAGCAGCUCUACCGGCUCGAGCUCGAGUUCCAGCGGUGUCAGUACGUGGUCGGGCGCGAGCGCACAGAGCUCGCCAGACAGCUCAAUCUUUCAGAAACUCAGGUGAAAGUGUGGUUUCAAAACCGCCGCACUAAACAGAAGAAGGACCAGACCAAGGACACUGACAAGCGCUCGUCGUCCACCUCCGAAUCCCUUGCCACGUGCAACAUCCUGCGUCUCCUGGAGCAGGGCCGUCUUCUGUCUGUGCCUGCGCCUGCACCUCCUCCCAACCCGCUGCUGGCUCACCCGCACCCCGGCAAUGGCUCUCUACUGGGCAGCCCAUCCGUAUCCACUUCCUCUGGGGUGAGUAGCACCACCACAGCUCCUGGGUCGGGUGGUGGCGGGACAUUCGGACUGUCGCUGUCUUUAGGUGGCACUCCACCCUCGCCACGCCUGGGAGUGCCACCGCCCUCGCUUUGCUUUACCAUGCCUCUCCUGGGUGGCACCCAUCACGAACUGCCAUCGGGAUACGGGUGCGGAUCCUCAGCGUUCGAGCCCUACAUGAGGAUAGAGCGUAAGGACGGGGAGUUAGGUGGGAAGAAGACAGUUUCCUAAAAGCAUUCCCUACCUAAUGGUACCUUCCCCCCUCUACCUGUCUCAGGGGUCUCACCUGUGCCGUGAACUGCCGGUUGGAUGGAGCGGAGGUUCGCAAACUAACAGAAAGAGAUUGACAUAGUCUUCACUUUCGGAUCCUCAUCUCACUGGCCUCUCUAGCGCUCGUGCCUACAACCAAAUUUAGGCCAGUCGGACUCCAUCACUCGGUAAGGAGGAGCGUUUGGGACGAAGCCUGUAAUUAAGCAUCGCUGUUCGGUGAAUUUUGUCGUCUGCAGGUUUCCUUCCAUUUUUGCAUUACAUGUGUGGUGAAGAAAGCCUCAGAAUUAAGGCAUGUUCACACUAAGAAAAGAAACUAUUGCGAUAACUAUAUUAGCGUCCACACCAACACACUAUAACGUUCUGUUUAUUAGAAACGCGCUGCAGUUUUGUCGCCUGCCACUUUAAAUGCUUUAAAGCAGGGUGGAUUCUGAUCGGCUGUCAAUGUUUUUAUAGUUCAUCAGCUGGAUAAAAAUCAUUCUGAAUGCUAUUUCAACAACAUCGCUCCUCUGUGCCGAUAUCUUUACAGUUUUGUUGUGGACUCUGCUAUUCUUUUAUAUUUAGAAUGAUUUUCAAAGCUAUAUGUUUAUCGUUAUAGUUACAGUUAUCAUCCUUGGUGUGAACUGGCCUUUAUUCUUUGUGAAUGAUGGAAAAACACUGUAAAUGUAACUGUAACUAAGGCAAAAUUAUUUUGCGAGUUUGUUUCCAAAUGGGUGUUAAAAAAACAAGAAGAAAUGGACGAAAAAAAGAUGAUUGAUCAACAAUGUGGUACGUUUUUAUGCUGCUCUAAAUUAAUUGACUAGGGGAGCUUCUUGUCGAUAUAAAUGUGUGUCUGUAUGAAAGUAUAAGAAUGAGAGAAUUACCUGAGUGAACGUACAGUAACAAUAACAAGGCACUGACAAAUUUUGUGGCAUUUAUUUCGCAUUGGACCUUGGUGAUGGUAAUAAUGAGAGUUCAAUGGACAGAAUGAUUAUUCAUAUAGCAAUGAUGCAACACUAAUUGCAGAAAAUUUAAGUGUGUGGAAAAUUAUACAGGUCUUUAGCAAAAUGUACUCAUCAAGGAUAAGCUGUCACAAUGCACACCCCUUUAAAAUAUUUCCUCUUCUCUUUGUAACACAUGAAAUUCUCAGUUGAAAGUGUUAGUGAUGCCCUAAUCCAUUGGCUGAACAUCUUUAUAUUGCCCCUAUAACAUGCUUCCUCUUGUUGCUUCCAAAUUUAUUCAACACAAAGGGCUAAUUAUUGACUUCCAAGACAGACUGCCAGUCACUUUAAGCCUUUCAGCACCUGGGGCCAGUUGCACCAACUGUGCGUAAGUUACAACUCAGCCUAGUUUUGACUGAAGAGGCACUAAGUUACAACUUAGGCACUACUAGAUAUUUUUGCGUUGCACCAUUAAACUUACUUGAAGCAUAACUCUACGUAUAAACUAAAUAUUUACAGAAGCCUCCAAUCAGGAGUAAUGGUUGGAAUAAAAUGGCAGACUGACUGAACUGCAUCAAUAAGCUCUUGUUUUACAUUAUGCGAAUAAACUUACUUUGUUAGCGGCUCUUCAACACGAACGCAAUCUACAGCGCACCUCCGUGUGCAUCAUUUUGUGUUGUGCAUGUCAAAUGAAAUCAGUCAUAAUGAAUAAAAGCCAUCUUGUAUCGGUAUUUAUUUACUGAUGCUUAUUCAUUCCAAAUACAGUUUCUGAAUGUUAUUUACAUAUAAAAUAGCAUACCUAUAAUGUUUUCCAUGAUUAAGUAGUAUCGUAUUUAUUGGAAACUUCAUAUUAUGCGACUACGCAUUACUUUACGGACCUACUAGCUACGUUCUGCCUUAAGAACAAAUGGUGCAACUCAAUAAAGUACAGAGUUAGUUACAAACUAGCUAGUAGUUACUAAGCCUCUAGUGUGGACUUUACGUUCCAAUUUAAGAAAGAACUUAUGAAUGGCUGGUGCAACACUACCCUGGAGAUCUUAAACAAGAGUAUGUGCAAAUCAUUAAGACACACCGACCGCAGUUUACAUGCACUAUUGCUUGCCAUUGCAGUACUAUAGGUUUGGAAACUGAAUCAAAGCUAUUAUGUACAAAUAGAUACUUACAAAUAAGUAAUUUGAGAUAUACCAUGGUACUGAAUGAUUUCUUUAAAGAAUAUUAUGGUAUUAGUGAAAUUUAGAAAUGUUUCCAUCCCAAAUUAUGAUCUUUGUCCUCCUGUCAGUAUUAGUUAUGGAUGCUAAAGUCGCUGGGUCAGUUUGGUGCUUGUGCUCAUGCUUUAUAUGACUGCAGAAUUACAACCCACAAUUAAUCAGCUAAUUUUUUUUUUUCCCCCACCAUCAUGUCCCUUUGGGGGCUCCGUAUGAAUCCGAUGCACUUUAUGUUAAUAGACGUUGUCUUCACUCAAAACCUACCAUGCAUAUCGGUAACAACAAAUUCCCCAAACAUUGCCAGUUAAUGUUUGUUGAAAGACAGCUAAAGACAUCUACUGCAACAACUUCCCAACUUCUAAACUGAUUCAAUGAAAUCAUACACCAAAGCUAUUUGAACACAUGCGGACACAUGCAGUAGUUUCAUAUUUAAAAGAUUAUUCUGCAGGCUGUCUGGUGAAGGCCUACUGAGCAUUUUUUCAUGAACAAGUAAAAAAAAAAAUCCUAUGCACCUAUUCACAUUGGGACGAAAUUUGAAAGUAAAUGUUUUCCUGUGUGGCAAAAAAACAGACUAACAAAUAAGAUUUCGUUGACAGAAUAGAUGCACCUGUGCUGAGUGAAAUCGUUACUGUCUGGUUGGGUUGAAAUUUCUCUUGUCAGAUGUUUUAUUUUGCAUUACGCGAGCUGGGGUUGUAUUUUGCAUUAAAGCAUGUGAAGUGCUUUUUAGCUUUGCUCUAGGGUAAACAGACCUUUCGUCUGCACUUUUUUGUUUUGCUCUUAAGGAGCGUUCACAGUGACAGCGAUUUCAGCCGCUGAAAGUUGCUGAGUCUCUGUGCCUAAAGUUUGAACUCAAUUUAACAUUGUUGCUCAACAGUUGCUGCCACUUACAGUAUGUCACCCCUAAAUCUCCAAAUGAAGUUUUAUUUAACAAAAUUCGGGAGGCGCACGUUCAGGUAAUCAACCAAUCAGUGCAAGAGGAAGCCAGUAUAUAAAGCCGUCGCUCACCUCUGUUACGCGACAAGUUUCACAGCAUCCCUCCACCACCCCAUCACCUCACUCUUUGCCCCCCCCAGGACAGCACGCCAAAUACGCAUAAAUUACUAUACGAAUUACUUUAUUUUGAUUUCAUGUACGUAUAAACUUGUGAACUCUCACAAAAACUUAAUGACUUCUGGUCACUUUGACCCCUGAAAUUGCUGUGAGAGUGAACGCCCCUUUAAUGUGAAUAGGCCUUUAGUGCCAUUGCUCAGUGGCCUGUUAGUCGAUCAACUACAACACUGUACUUUCAUCACUAUCCUCUGACAGUAUCAUAGGUUGGACGUUUUUUAAGUAACAAUUAAGCCCAAAAUGAUGAUUGUGUCAUUUACUCAUCAUUGUGUCAUUCUGAACCCGUACUGACUUCCAUGGAACGGUGGAUCUUCUAUAGAACAAAUGAGAAAUGUUAAAGAAUGUACAAGCGAUGCACUAAAACUUCUGAAAGUUAUACAACAAUUUGGAUGAGUAUUAGACUAAACUUUUAAAGGAAAUGAAAUGAAAAUUCUGUCAUUAAUUACUCACCCUCAUGUCGUUCCACACCCGUAAGACCUUCUUUCAUCUUCAGAACACAAAUUAAGAUAUUUUUGAUAAAAUCCAAUGGCUCAGUGAGGCCUCCAUUGCCAGCAAGAUAAUUAACACUUUCAGAUGCCCAGAAAGCUAAACAUAUUUAUAACAGUUCAUGUGAGUACAGUGGUUCAACCUUAAUAUUACAAAGCGACGAGAACACUUUCUGUGCGCCAAAAAAACCAAAAUAACAGCUUUUCAACAAUAUCUAGUGAUGGCCGAUUUCAAAACACUACUUCAUGAAGCUUCAAAGCUUUACGAAUCUUUUGUUUCGAAUCAGUGGUUCGGAUCGCGUUUCAAACUCCCGAAGUCACGUGAACUAUUGAAAUAUCAAAACACAACGUAACGAAGCCUUGUUUACUGAAAUCAAGUGAUUUUUGGUGCUCUGAACCCCUGAUUCGAGACAAAAGAUUCGUAAAGCUUCCAAGCCCAUCACUAGAUAUUGUUGAAUAAAGUCGUUAUUUUGUUUUUUUGGUGCACAAAAAGUAUUCUCGUCGCUUCAUAACAUUAAGGUUGAACCACUGUAGUCACAUGAACUGUUUCAAAUAUGUUUUUAGUAGCUUUCUGGGCAUCUCUUAAUUUGUUUUCUGAAGAUGAAUGAAGGUCUUACGGGUGUGGAACAACAUGAGGGUGAGUAAUUAAUGACAGAAUUUCAUUUUUGGGUGAACUAACCCUUUAAGUUGCUUUUCGAAGCUUGAAAGCACCAAUCUCCAUUUACUGUACUUGCAUGGAAAACAGUUUUUAACAUUGAUUCUAAUAAAAACCAUUAUAAAUAACUGAGCACCAAUAAUAACUGAGCAUCAAAUCAGCAUAUUUGAAUAAUUUCUGAAGGAUCAUGUGACACUGAGGACUGGAUUAAGGAAUAAGGAAUAAAUUACAUUUUAAAAUGAUUUCAAAUAGAAUAAAGUUCUUUCAAAUUGUACCAAUAUUACUGUUUUACUGUACUUUUGAUCAAAUAAAUGCUGCCUUGGUGAGCAUAAGAAAAAAAAAAAAAAAAAAAAACUUAAUUAUUCCAAACUUUUGACUGGUAGUGUAAAUUAAAUGCUCCAAGAGCAAGAAAGUCAUGCAGGCUUAAAACAACAUGAGGGUGAGUAAAUGAUGACAGAAUUGUUUGGUGAACUAUCAAGCUGUCAGGCUGUAACAGAUUUCAUGUCACCUUAUUGAAUUGCUCUGCCAUUGCUUUUUGAAGAAGACAGAGAAAGACAUGGACAUGAUUUGAGCUUCUUAUACAGCUUGACUGCAAAUGGAUCUUAACUUGUGUAUAAAAAGUCUCAUGGCAGUGGUGGUGGUGGUGUUGUUGUCGAACACGGUUAUUUUCUAUAAGCAUCAUGUAUAAUUCAUUACAGCAUCAUUCAGCCUGAACCGCUGAGACAGACACUGGCUCACUAACAUUAGCGCAUACAGUCCAGGCUUAACACACCCAUUUUCUUUUCUCACUCUCUGGUUUUCAGUGACAUCUCUCAAAAUGUUUCCUUAAAGAAUGAUGACUUGUUAGUCAUUUUGUUAACACUUAUUACGGAGAGGAUACAACAAAAUGAAGCAUCUCACAGACCUGUACAUUUGAAAAAGCAGCAGAUUCUUUGUAAACGGCUUUAAAGAGAGUACUAAAGAUCCUUACCAUCACUAUAAAAUUAUAUUUAAAAAAAAAGAAGCAUUUUCAACCCUUUAAUCAUGAAACAUAUGCCUGAAAUAUGUUUUCACAGUAUUGCGAAGAAGCAAAGACGGUAUAUAUAAAUAACAUUGCCUCAGAUAUGAUUGUAAAAUGUGGUUUGAGUUUGCUGUGAUUGUGUGGAAAGAUUUUAUUUUUUAUUUUAUCUCACUUCCACAUUUCCUUCCAUUGUUAAAGGGUCAGUGCUCUUGUUCUGGCACAAAGAUUAUGUGUAAGUAAGCCAUAAGCUUUUUGGCAGUACAGCAUUUGUGUGACCGUGUCAAAAAAUAAUGGUAAUUAUAAUGAUAAUAAUAAUAAUAAAAUUACAUAAUGGCACCAGCUUCUCACAAAUAAAGAAAACACUUAAACAGUAUGUACAUAUAUAUGUCUUUGCACAGUAUUUUCAUGUUGUAUUAUGUGAUCUUACAGAAAAAAAUGAAUGGAAAAAAAAAUAUAAAUGCUUUACAAUUCUUUGUCUCAUUAACUAUUUGCACUUAUUUAAAGAAGUUUGUGUUCUGUGGCAAAAGAGCCUUUCUCAUGGUUUGGCUAAAGAGCCAAGAUAUUGUACAAUAUGUACAUGUGUUUUUAUUCAUAUGCAUAUAAAUAUAUGUCUAUGUAA